AUGACCUCGAAACUAAGUCCCGCACCUCCCUCCCCAAUUCAUCUCAUCAGAUAUCACACCUCAAAUAUAAGUGCGCUCUUUAUCAGCACAGAUAACGAGCGUCUGUACUCGGCCGAUGCAUCCGGCCGCAUCCUCUGCUCUUCUACUCGCUCACUUCGGCCAAUCGCGAAAUGGCAAGCACACACCGACUCUGUUCUUGGUGUCGAGGAAGUCGGAGAGAGGCUUAUAACACAGGGAAGAGAUCACAAACUUUAUGUCUGGCGCCGUCCUGAGAGACGAGGGGCGCAGAUCGCAGGGAGCGCGACGGCUGGGGGUGAAGAACCCGAGAAGCUUGCGGAGAUGGACGUGAAUGCGCUAAACUACUGCCGCUUCUCUAUCCUGUCAUCGAGCGAGGGCGAUGUCUUGGUUGCAUUGCCGAACCUGGUCGAAUCUGCUUACGCAGAUAUCUGGAAGCUGGACGGUCAUGAGAGGUUGCACGCAGCUGUCGGUAAACGCUCGCCAUCCCAGAAUGAGGCUAUGGAUGGACGUGGCAAAUCGAAGUCUGGUAUCAUCAUGGCGCUGCAUCUUCUUCCACCCGUUCAUCCGGAUCAUUCACGUGUUCUCAUGGGCUACGAGGCUGGAUCUGUCAUACUAUGGGCUUAUGAUCCGGCGCGCAACCAAGAUCGGAGUACGAGCGUUGAAGGUGUCGGAUGGACGGCGUUGCGCGAGUGGAAGGUACAUAUGGAGACAAUUAUGGGUCUGGCUGUAUCCCCGGACUACACCUUUGCUCUCAGCGUGAGCGCGGAUCAUCUUAUAGGGAAUUACGGUCUAAUCUCAGAGGAUGGUAAAGAUGAGACAGUGCGAACAAAACACCCCGGGUAUGGUUCGAUCGCGAUCAAGUGCGACGGGCGCGUAUGCGCGGCAGGCGGAUGGGACGGAAACAUCCGCCUGUACUCUACCAAAUCCUUCAAGUCGCUCGGCACGCUCGGCUUCCAUCGCAAAAGUGUCGACCGCCUCGUCUUCGCGCAUUCUUUCACCCCUCCUCAGGAGAACGAUGAAGAUUGGAGCGAGGACGAGGACGAGGACGGGUACAUAUUGACCAGGGCGGGAGAAGAGAAGAGAGGGAGAUGGUUGGUUAGUGGAGAUGCAGAUGGGAAAGUAGCUAUCUGGGAGCUGCUUGAUUUCGCGAGGAGAUGA